GAUAACAAAGUAUAAUAAGUCGUCAGAAUCAACUAACCAUCAUAUGUCUAUUUAGUGCAAUCAUCACCUGGGGUCAUACUAAGUAGGUAGAUUUUAUUUCGCGGCAUUAUAAGUUUCUUAGGAAGCUUAAUAGGAAGCUUAAUAGGAUCAUUGAGAGUAGCAAUACCAUACAAGUUGAUUCCUUUUCUAGUCGGAAGACAUCCCGUACUUACUUCAUUGCUCCGGAGCGUAUAGCCCGGCUUUUGUGAUGCUGAAGUGUGGGCAUAGAUAACAAUGCAGAUUCAGGCGGUGGAUUGCCCUGUAUGUAAUGCUGUGAGCGGUGACAUGACAUAGCUGAUUCUGGAGUACGAAAUUAUGACCUCAUAGAUCAACCUUCGUCGCGUCAGGGGUCCGACUAGAUUCUAGUCACAUUUUGCCUCCUUUAAAAACAUAGUUAAACCCCAACUAUCAUAAUUCUAAUAAGAGACGUUGACAUAAUUAUUUGCUUGUUAUUCAUCUCAUCUUCAACAAUACCGAAAGACUCAAUUUACACAUCUUAGGAUCUACCCUCCUAGAAAAAGAACAAGAAGAAGAAAAGGCAUACCUUAUAUAAAAUGUCAUCACACGAAAGCUCCAACACCGGCUCAAAGACAUCCACGGGGACGGCUUCACAAGUCGAGACACCCGCCAAUGCUGGAAUUGGCGAAAAUAAGCCAAAGGCGUUCGACUCCCAAGGCUCCAUUGGCAAGCAGUUUACCGAAAACGGAGCGCUCGGUGGUGCUGCACAGAAGAUCGGUGGCCCUUUGGAUAAAGAGGGCAUGGUUGGGAAGCAAUUUACUCCGGAGGGAAGUAUUGGUGGAACUGUGCAAUCAAAUCUCGGGGGUCAAAAGGGGAGGAGUAAUUAGAUGAAGGAUGACACAUUUGUGUAUAUGUAUUAUUAUAGAACGGCUUGGUUUGGUAACAUAUAAUCGGAUUCAACUCUGACAAGCUUUCGAUGCAGCCACUGACGAACAG